GAAAUUAGUUUAAAUUUAAUUGUGAAAAAUAUAGAAAAACCACUUGUUUCAUUUUACUGAAAAAAAAUCAUAUAGAUAGAUUUUUUUACGACUGAAACUUUGUAUCAAAAAUUCAAAUUGGUUAGGAUUAAGUAAAAAUCCAAAACUAAUAAUAAAAAAAAAAUAGAACGAAUAAUGGCUACCAAUGAUUCGCAAUUAGCUUGGAGUAUUAAGAAUGGUGAUCUUGAUACGGUUAAAGAAAUCAUCGAACAUAUAGGGCAGACAUCGAAUAUAGACAUUAUGAUCGAUGGACGACGACCAAUACAUUAUGCAGCUGAUUAUGGUCAAAAAGAAAUUCUUGAAUAUUUAAUUCAAUUAGGUGCCAAUGUUAAUUCAUUAGACAGACAUGGAAUAUCGGCAUUAUUGGCAGCUAUAUGGGAAGGACAUAUUGAAUGUUGUCGUUUACUUAUAUCGAAUGGUGCAAAAAUUGAUGGCCGUACACCGGAUGGUAAAAGUUAUGUUGAUGCGGCUGAAAAUGUUGAAAUUAAACGUUUACUAAUGACUACAUCAUGAAAUUUAAUGAAUGAACAAACUAAUUCAACAUCAUCAUCAUCAUCAUUGAUCGAUUCGUUUCAUAAUAUUUUAAAAUUUCAAUGAACAAAAAAAAUGAAAAUAAUCAAUCAAACCAAACCCCGGAUGAGCACAAGAAUUUUGAUCAGGCAAUUCAUUAUCAAUUGUUUUGUGAUUUUUUUUUUCUAUAAUAUUUCCAUUUUUUUUUGUGUUUUUUUUUCUGAAAAACCUUUUGCUGGCCAUACACAAAUAAUUUGAACAAACAAAAAUAUUUGGUUCAAAAAUUCAGCUUAAUUUAU